AUGAUUUUGACAUUUGCUAUUAUUUUUUGUCUUUCUGUUGUUGGAAAUUCUAUUGUCGUCGUUGUUAUAUUACAGCAACAAUCUAUGCGUUCUGUAACUAAUUUGUAUUUACUAAAUUUGGCCCUUAGUGAUUUAUUAUUAAGUGUUGUUUGUAUGCCCCCAACAUUAGUUAGUUCAUUAGUUUAUUGUUGGGUAUUUGGUGAUUUAUUGUGUAAACUUUUGGCAUAUCUCCAACGUAAGUAA